UUUAUAUUCUCAAGGAAAAAUCCUACAGUGUUAUAUUACUGUUUGUUAUUCACCGUCACCGUUAUUAAUUAUUAUGUUUCAUUGAUCUGUGUUCCGGUAACAACAACUCUAUUAAAAAUCAUUAGAAACUUGGACAAAAAAACGAGAUGCUUUAUCGUGUGAACUUAAAUCUGCUUGACGGCUAAGGUUCGCAGGUGUUGUGGUUCAUCCACUUUGUCGAUUAUUUAUUCAAUUAGUUUCACGGAUGAUUUGAAAUAUUGUGCAUGAGCAAAAAACAAAACAAUCCAUUCCAACCAAUGUGCAUAAAUUGUUGUUACAGCAUGCAAACAGUGAUAUACAAAUCACAUACGAUUAACUCACACAUGGUACUCACACACUGGGGCAAUUACUUAUUUAAACCAUAUUGACUUUUUGCGUGUUGUGGAAAUGAAUUGAGUUAUAAAAUCUGAUAGCAUCACAUUGCCGUUCAUCAGUAAUACGUGAAUACGAAGCCAUGGAUACGUUGGAACAAUUCUACAAGUACGAAUAUUACUUCUCCAUACUCUGCAACGUGAUCGGUUUCAAUAUACUAGACAAAGGAUGGAAGAAAACUUAUCGCACCUAUAUAUCAUUCUUUCUGUGUGGCCAAUACUUCCUGUGGAUGGUUUGGUCGAUCAUCAUCGCUAGUGAUACGUUCGAGCUGUUGAAGUCCCUAUCGUUUCUAGGGUUCUUCUUUCAGUGUUCGCUCAAGAUGUAUUACACAAGCGCCAAAGCAACACAGUACGGCAUCAGUUUCGACGGGCUGAAGCAAACCAUCUACAUCGGACACACGAACGGGACGGUCGAGCAAAAAUCAGUGAUUGAACGUAUCUUUUUGGUGGUGCAGCUUAUUACAAAAGUCACAACUGUACUGUACACUUCGUCUCUGUUCAUUUUUUCACUUUAUCCGCUGUAUAUGUACUUCAUGGUAGGUGUGAAGGUGACGAUCUUUCCACUGUACAUACCGGGGAUUGACAUUUACUCGGCGUACGGAUACGGGAUCACCAACUCACUACACAUGCUGAUAGCUGUGUACGGAUGCAUCGGGGCAAUUGCAUCAGAUAUUGCGUUCAUGAUGUUCAUACUACAUUUCAUUACCUACGGUGAGCUUUUCAGGAUAGAGUGUGAACAGUUUCAGCAGGAUUUGUCGGAUGCUACGGAGCGCUGGGAACGACACACGCCGGAAUAUAAGACAUUCUGUCGACAGCGUAUGCGUGAAAUUUAUCAAUAUCAUCAGAACGUUAUCUUGUUCCUUGAGUCACUGCAGGAGUGUUAUCAAAGUAUUUCGGUGGUGCAAGUAGGAAGCUGCAGUUUCUCGAUCAUGUUUAAUCUGUUUUUAGCCCUGACGACCGAUUGGUACGCUACAUAUAGCUUCAUGUUUAUAUCCUGGUUUCAACUGUUUAUCUUCUCCCUGUUCGGGACCAUCAUGCAAGUGAUGAACGAUCGAAUGCUUAGAUACAUUUGGAACCUUCCCUGGUAUAUGCUGCCGAGCGAGGAACAACGACGUUUCCACUUUAUGCUCGCACGCAGUCAACUGCCUGCCGAGAUGGUCAUCCGAAGUGUCGGUCCGCUUAAUAUGGAAACUUUUACUGAUAUAAUGCAGAAAAUUUACUCGGCCUUUACCAUGAUGUACAGCUUUCUGGUCGAUCUCAGUUAAAUUCUUCACAAAGGUCAUGUUACGAGAAUUAUGUUCAGAUAAUGUCUAUUUUUUAUGUAGCUUAUUGGGUUUUUUGUUAAUU